AUGGCAGUGUAUUUAUUAUCGAAAUAUUUAUCAAAACUUGUAAAAUUUCAUGUACAUGCAUGUGAUUGGGAAGAGAGAGGAUGGUCCAAAACAAAUGAAUAUAUGAACUUUUUAACAUCGACAUAUUGGGCGGUAAAUAAAAUUACUAUUCCAGAUGCUAGUCCUUUACCUCACGCCGAAGAUUUAUUGCACGAACUUGGCAAGGGGUACAAAUAUUUUAGUCGCCUUGAUCUGAAAUCCGGUUAUCACCAGUUUCGUCUACCACCCGCUGAUCGUCCAAAAACAGCGUUCGUCGUUUCUCAAGGUCAUUAUGAAUUUCGUGUACUUUCCAUGGGACCACAAAAUGCGCCUGCGGCAUUUCAAAAAAUUAUGUACAAGGUGAUGAAGCCAUGUCGCGCGUUCUGUCAUGUCUUCCUCGAUGAUAUCAUCAUUUGUUCCAACUCAUUCGAUGAACAUAUCAAUCAUUUAAAAUUGGCUUUUGAAACGCUUGCCACAGAAAAACUUGUUCUCAACGCUUCGAAAUGCGAACUUGCUGUACAACGUGUUGUCGUCCUCGGUCAUACUGUCUCGGAUACGUCUAUCGCACCAACCACUGAUGCAAUCCAGGCCAUUUUGGAUUUAAAAGAACCUCGCACACUUAAAGAGACCAACAAAUUUCUUGGUGGUAUGGCGUAUUAUAGAAAAUUUGUUCCUAAUUUUAGCACUAUCGCUGCUCCGCUACAUAAAAUCUCUAAUUUAACCAAAGACCGACGGCAUCUUUUUAAAUGGACAGUGGAACAGUCGAAUGCUUUCCAUGCUCUCAAGCGUUUACUUACAACUGCUCCACUUCUUCUUCAUUUUCCCGUCGACGGUUUUCCCCUUCACUUAGCUACUGAUGCUAGCGGUACUGCCACUGGUGGUGUUUUAUUUCAAGAUGUCAACGGUCAACGUCAUAAUCUCUUUUAUCACUCAAAAGUUCUUUCACCAAUUGAACAAAAAUACUCGGUUCCCGAAAAAGAAGCUUUGGCAAUUUACAAUUGUUUACAACGUAUGAGGACUUUAAUUCUAGGACGAACUGUUUAUAUCCAUACUGAUCAUUGCCCCAUAUGUGGUAUGUUACAAAAACCAGUGAACAAUCGGCGCAUUGAACGUGUGGCCAAUUUAAUUCAAGAAUAUCGUAUUGCCGAAAUGAAACAUAUUGAUGGUAAAAGUAAUUGUCUUGCGGAUUAUCUUUCUAGGCCUUCUGAUGAUCCACUCUUUGAUGUUGAUUAUGGUCUCGACAGCAAACUUCCAUGGUCAAACUCAUCAAAUUUAACCAAUCCUUGCCAGCCUUCACAGAACAUCAUUACUACAAUGACACUUCGUCCUCGACAGAAAUUUCUUUCCCCAGGUGUAUCUAUUUUCAAUCAAGACGAUGAAGAUUUUGAUGCGGCAUCUUGUACUUCUGAAAAUUCGUUUACCACUCAUUCACCAAUUAUUACAUCAACUCCCUCUCCGAAUGUUUUCGAUUCAAGCCAAUUGUCUCAUGAACAAGCUCAAGAUCCAGAUAUUCGUCGUAUCAUUUCUCAAUUAAAUCGCAGCAGCCAUCCUGAUUCCACCUUAUCUUCUUCGUUUAUUAUCAAAAAUGGUAUUCUUAACAAACUUAUUACUCUGACUCCUUCAUCUAGACGCCGAUUAUCCGUACCUUAUCUUCCUUCGUCGAUGAUACGAUCUUUUCUUACUGCAAUGCAUGAUGAUCCUUUCCAAGGUGGUCAUUUUUCAUUCGACAAAAUGAUGUCGAAAAUACGUACUCGUUAUUGGUGGCCUCACAUGAAGCACGACGUUCAUCGUCAUGUUCAAGCAUGUGUUCCUUGUAACCAAUAUAAUUAUUCGCGUCAAAAGAAACCUGGUCAUCUUCAACCCAUUCCUCCGAUCGCUAUUCCGUUUUCUAUAAUUGGAAUGGAUUUUUGUGGCCCGUUCCUUGAAUCACCUCGUGACAAUAAAUACGUCCUGGUCGUAACUGAUCUAUUUACGCAUUUCGUUACUGCUAUUCCUUUACCCACCAACACUGCUGAAAUUACUGCAUUAUCCUUAUUUCGUCACAUAUUCUGUCGAUUUGGCGUUUGUUCCACUUUAAUUACAGAUCAAGGAACUCAUUUUAAUAACAAUCUUAUGAGAGCAUUCCAACAUCUCCUUGGUUAUAAUCACAUCCUCAGCACUCCUUAUCACCCGCAAACCAAUGG